AUGGCUAAUUGCUUGCUGAAAAUUUCACUGAUACAUUUGUUCAUUACUUACACUUUCUGCUAUGGCUACGCAGAACUUGAACUACUGCUGAAACUGAAGGAGUCUUUGGUUGGACCUCGAAGCUCAGCCCUUGAAGACUGGAAACAAUCUUCAUCUCCAACAUCACAUUGCUUGUUUUCAGGGGUCUCAUGUGACAUGAGCUCUCGAGUAAUCGGUCUAAAUAUCUCAUGUGUUCCUUUAUAUGGCUCAAUCCCACCUGAAAUCGGACAGUUUAGCCAGCUGAAUACUCUGGUUUUAACAGCUACUAAUCUGUCAGGCAGUCUUCCACCCCAAGUAGCAAACUUAUCGACGUUGCAGCACCUGAACAUCUCAAGCAACUGCAUAAGCGGGCAAUUACAUUCAAUUUUGUUCAGCAAAAUGACUCAGCUAGAAGUCUUAAAUUUCUAUGACAACAACUUCUCCGGGCCACUGCCUACAGAGCUCACGAGCCUUAAGAAACUGAAGUAUCUGGCUCUUGGAGGAAAUUACUUCUCAGGUGAGAUUCCAUCUCAAUACUCACAGAUCCAAGACUUGGAGUACUUAGGCUUGAAUGGUAAUUCACUUACUGGUAAGCUUCCUUCGAGCUUAUCACAUUUGUCGAAUCUCCAGUUCUUGUCUGUAGGAUAUUUCAACACUUUCAAUGGAGGUAUACCUAAUGAGUGGGGUUUCAUCAAAUCACUUCGAGUUCUUGAUGCAGCUAAAUGCAACCUUUCUGGCAGUAUUCCUGUAACUUUAAGUCACCUGAGUGAAUUAGACACUCUUUACCUGCAGAAAAACAACAUUACAGGUCAUAUCCCAGCUGAAUUUGGUGAUUUAGCCAAUUUGAGAGAACUUGACCUUUCUUCUAAUUCACUCACAGGUAUAAUGCCUGAAAGUUUUUCGCAGUUAAAGAAGCUUGAAUAUCUCAGCCUAUUUUCGAACAAUAUGGAUGGUUCGAUCCCUGAUUCUGUCUCUGAGCUUCCUAGGCUUAGGAGAUUUCUUGUAUGGAGCAACAACUUCAACAGUCAACUACCUGAAAAUCUAGGCCAGAAUGGAAAACUCGAAAGGGUUGAUGUAGCAGGCAAUCAAAUUACAGGUCAAAUUCCAAAACAGCUAUGCAAAGGAAGAAGACUAAAGGAACUUAUAUUGUUUGGGAAUUCUUUUACUGGUCCUAUCCCUGAAGAUCUUGGAAACUGCAAGACCUUGGUUCGAGUAAGAUUAGCAACAAACUCGUUAAGUGGUUCGAUUCCCUCUGGAGUAUUGAACUUGUCAAGGGCUAAUAUAAUUGAGCUUAGUCAGAACAACUUGGUUGGUGAACUUCCCCUGUAUAUUUCAGGAGAUUCUCUCCAGACUCUAGACCUAUCGAACAACACCAUCACCGGAAGUAUUCCUCCAUCUAUUCAGAAGUUGGUUAGAUUGCAGAAACUCUUUCUUGGAAGUAAUAACUUAUCAGGAAACAUUCCUGAUGAAUUAUUCAGUCUGAAAAACAUUUCAAUCAUCGAUGUAAAAGACAACUACAUAACUGGGGAGAUACCGAAAACAAUAGGAAAUUGCUCCUCUCUUAUGUCCUUAGAUAUCAGCAACAACCACCUUAGUGGAAGAAUCCCACAUGAAAUUUCAAACUUGAAGAUUUUGAGCAGUCUGAAUCUGUCAGAAAACCAUUUGGUUGGUGAAAUUCCUGCUGACAUGCAGAAUAUGACUAGUUUAGUGACACUUGAUCUUUCAUAUAACAACUUGUCAGGUAGAAUUCCAUCUGAGAGACAGUUUGCUCUCUUCAAGGCGGAUUCAUUUAUCGGUAACCCAAAUCUCUGCUUUCCAUCUCAGUCAACUUGUGCUUCAUCAGCUGAAUCGAGCUCGGUUCAUGCUUCUCAACUAGGAUCAUUCAAAACAUUGCUCUUACUUGAUUUCAAAUCUGUAAUUGAUUACAAUUCAACCACACAUGAGAUGGUAUCUAUAUUGAGAUACUGUGAUCAUCCAGUCACUGAUGAACAAAUGAUUGAAAAAACACUCACUACCUUUCAUGCAAGCAACAUACUGUUGCAAGAACAAUAUCGUGAAAGAGGUUUCAAAAAGUUUAAUGAAUUAAUGAGUGUAUUGCUUGUUGCGGAACAAAAUAGUGAUCUUUUGUUGAAAAUUCAUAAUCUCAGACCAACUGGGUCUUUGGCCACUCAUCAUGAGGCAAAUGCAACAAGUUCUUAUCCACCCGAGGCAAAUGCUACACGAAGAGGUGGACAUGGAAAUUACAAUGGUCGUGGAAGAGGCCGUGGAAAUUAUCGCGGACGAGGUCGAGGACGUGGUAGAAAUAAUUUUCAAAGAAACAAUAAUUUCAAAAAUUCUGAAAAACAGAAGGGACAAUCAUCUGGAAGCCACAAACAAAUUCCUUCAAGAGGAAAAAAACACAUGUUACAGAUGUGGCAUGACAGAACAUUGAGGACGUACUUGUCAUACGACCAAACAUUUGGUAGACCUUUACCAGGCUUCUGUAAAAGGCAAAGAGAAAAAUGCAGAAGCAAAUUAUGUUAA